AUGUGCGCUGUUCUGCCACUUGCUGCUGCCUUUGCGCCUCUGCCACGGCUGGAAGAUGCCGAGGCGCUCUUUGCUCCAUACCUUCCGUGUUCUCCUGCUCAGCUGAGACGGAUAUAUCUUCAGUUGGCCUUGCGCUAUCAUCCCGACAAAUGCCAACACACCCCUUUGGGGCAGAAAGAGGCAACGGAACUCUUUCAGGCCAUUGCAGCCGUGUACGAGCAGCUGCUGAAGCCAGAGCCUGGGGAAGCUGUUCGCCGAGUGAAAAGCCGAGUUGCAGCUGCGGCGGAGCUCGGAGAUCUGGAGGAAUUGGAUCGUCUCCUUGUUGAAGAUGCAGGAAGAGCCGUAGAAGUUGAUGAUUUAGGUGUUUGUCCUUUGAUGUUUGCAGCAGCUGGCGGUCAAGUGGAUGCAAUGGAAAUGCUGGUGUCUUAUGGUGCAGAUCUGGGGGCCAAGAAUCCAAUCAACUGGAGUGUGCUGCUAUACGCAGCCCUGGGGAAUCAUUCAGAGGCAGUGUGUUGGCUUGUAAAACAUGGAUUGAAAGUCACCGAGCACGAGCUGGUUCUCACAGCUUAUACGGGGAACUCAAUCAGCCUGGCCGCAUUGCUAGAGCUCUAUGAGGGCUCCCUGGCAGACUUGCACACGGAAAGCGGGAAAUCACUACUCCACUUGGCUUGUGAAGGCCUUUGCUUUCUUAAGCGUUCUGCGGGGGAACACUUGCAGUGUGUUGAGUACUUGCUCGACAAAGUUCCAGUAGACCAAGCUGAGCCGAAGAGUGGGCGAACAUGCUUGCAGAACUAUGUGGAAGACGUCCGCUGGCGCACACGAAAUUUUGAGGCUUCAUCAGCACACUUGUUAGCUUUGGACCGCCUUUGUGAAGCAGGAGCCAGUGUGACACGGGAAGAUUUCGAAGGAAGAAGUGCUUUGUCCAUUGCUGAAGCGCAAGGCUUGCCCACAAUGCGGCAAUUGCUGUUCUCAUACAUUUGA